UCUUGGAUUUGAUAGAAAUCACCAUAGAAAUGUUUCGGAGUUACUUGAUAAUCUUCUUAGAGGAUAUGAUAACAGCAUCCGUCCAGGAUUUGGAGGCCCCCCAGCAGUCGUCGAGGUCGAUAUCAUGGUUCGCAGCAUGGGACCAAUUUCGGAAGUUGAUAUGACGUAUUCAAUGGACUGCUACUUCCGGCAGUCAUGGCUGGACCGGCGACUGGCCUAUGCCGGCUACAAGGACACGCUGGCACUCAGCAUCACAAUGCUCGAGAAGAUCUGGAAGCCGGACACCUACUUCUACAACGGCAAGCAGAGCUAUCUGCACACCAUCACCUCCCCCAACAAGUUCGUCAGGCUCUACAAGAAUGGCACUGUUCUCUACUCGUCCAGGUUAACGAUAAAGGCUGGAUGUCCAAUGAACUUGGAGAAUUUCCCAAUGGAUACCCAGAGAUGUCCGCUGAAAUUUGGAAGCUUUGGAUACACGAUCAAGGACGUGACAUACGUGUGGCGGCGUCAGGUGGUGACAUCGACCGACAUGAAGUUGUCACAGUUUGACCUCAUCGGUACGCCUGCCGCUAACCAGACCGAUCUACUCAAAUCCGGGGAAUACUCGAUGCUAGUAGUAAGCUUCCACCUGCAGCGACAUAUGGGCAACUUCAUGAUCCAGGUGUAUGGACCGUGUGUCCUGCUAGUGGUGCUCUCAUGGGUCUCCUUCUGGCUCAACCGGGAGGCGACUGCCGAUCGCGUAUCGCUAGGUAUAACAACAGUGCUGACAAUGACAUUCCUGGGCUUGGAAGCGAGAACAGAUCUGCCCAAAGUGCCAUAUCCUACAGCUCUCGAUUUUUUUGUAUUUCUUUCGUUUGGAUUUAUAUUCGCCACGAUAAUACAGUUUGCAGUGGUUCAUUACUUCACAAAAUACGGUUCGGGAGAGUGCUAUUUCAGCAGUGACUUCAAUUCAGAGUCGAGCUCUGAUGAAGAUGACUGGAACACUCACCGUCCUGUUGAAACAGUCGAGUCCGACCGGAGUGGAAGACGGAAAGGAAGCUCCGGUUCAGGCCGAAGAGGCAAUUACUCGCUUAAUGGAGAUUCAAGACUUUUAGAGGUGAUUCCACUGUCGGCCUGUUCCAUUUCGGCUAUGGAGUCGAGAAGCAAUCGAGACACGUGGUCCAGUGGUCUGCCAUCUUGCCUUGGUUGUCCUGGCUCAGAUACAGGAGCAAGCGGUUCUGGCCGCGGUGAGCCAGUCUACACAAUACCGAGCAGUCACAGCCAAUCGCAGACGCGCCAGUCACACGCACACGCCAGCGCGACCGGUUCACACACGCAGUCGCGCGGCGAACAUCACAUACGCCGCGCGCCGCGCAAGAAGCGAACGCCGCGCUUCAAUUCGGUGUCCAAGAUAGAUCGAGCGUCGAGACUCUUUUUCCCAAUCUGCUUCCUCGUUAUAAACGCGUUCUACUGGUACGCCUAUCUGCAGCGCAGCGAGCGUAUCAAGCAGCAUUGGAAGGCACAGAAGAUUUAAAAUUAAAAUCUAGAUUGUAUAAGAACUAAAGGCAUUGGGACAAUAGUCUACAACCAAAGUUGGUAGACAGAAGGUUGGUCACUCAUCUAUUGAAUUUAAGUUGAAAUGCAAUUGGAGUGGGGGAACUGCAGCCGUGACGUAGUCAGUAGUACAAAGU